AUGUCCGCUGUCAUUAGGGAGGCCGCGAGCCAACUGGUCAAGAGCCUAGAGAAACUGCCCCAAGAAAGAGUAAAGCACAUCGUGUCAUUGAAGGAAUCGCAGCUGGAGAGAUUCAAAGCAGUUGCAGGGUUGGAAACAAAUACACAGGACGCAAAACAAAGACCAUCUAUGCAGGACAUAAAAGAUAUUAUCAAUCGGACAUCGGGACCCUUGGGAAUGCAAAAAGAAGCUAUGGCAAAAGUCAAUAGCAUGCUUCCUCAGGAGCAUUACAGCGUGGAAGCUUUACAAGAACAAACACACGCCGUGAACGACCUUUUGAACAAUAAAUACAAAAAUUACUAUUCUGUUGGUGACAAGCUGAUGAAACCUCAAGGUAAUCCCGAGUACUAUCAGCGUCUGAUGGAUGAGAUUGAGGGUAAGCAAAAGGAGACGUUCUGGUCUGCGAUGAGAACGGUUGUUUUUGGGAAAUAG